AGGGGGCGGGCACCGGGCGGAGCCGGAGCCGGAGUCGCGGCGCCUGGAGAAGAUCGGGCCGCGCGCUGCGAGCACCGAGUGCUGGAGAGGCCGCGCGGCGUGGAACAGGGCCCGAGCGCAGUCCCCGGACGCAGGAGGCCGGAGCUCAGUCGCGGCCUGAGCGGCGGGAGCGCAUCCGAGACCCACCGCAGGGACACCCGGGCCGACCGCUCCCAGGCCAUGCGCGCCGCUCGCUGAGACCCGAGGAGGCCGCGAUGGAGGCGCCAACGGGAGAGUCGUCGGCGCGGGGCUAUGUCCCCCCACCUGCGCCCGCGCCCGCCACGGAGAGGAAGAAGAGCCACCGCGCGCCAUCGCCAGCCCGGCCCAAGGAUGUGGCCGGCUGGUCUCUGGCCAAGGGCCGCCGUGGCACAGGCCCGGGCGCCGCUGCAGCUUGUGGCGCCGCGUCCUCGGCGAGGCCGGACAAGAAGGGGCGUGCGGUGGCCCCAGGCGCCCGGAGUGCGGGGCCGCGGGUGGCCGCGGUGCGCACUGGGGUCCGCGCCAAGGGACGUCCUCGCCCGGGCCCCGGGCCGCGCCCGCCGCCGCCGCCACCCAGCCUCACGGACAGCAGCUCUGAGGUGUCGGACUGCGCGUCGGAGGAGGCGCGCCUGCUGGGCCUGGAGCUGGCCCUGAGCAGCGACGCCGAGUCUGCGGCAGGCGGCCCGGCUGGAACCCGCACCGGGCAGCCGCCCCAGCCCGCGCCGUCCGGGCAGCAGCCUCCACGGCCGCCUGCCUCCCCGGAUGAGCCGUCGGUGGCCGCAUCGUCGGUGGGCAGCAGCCGCCUGCCACUCAGCGCUUCGCUCGCCUUCUCCGACCUCACCGAGGAGAUGUUGGACUGUGGACCUAGCGGCUUGGUGCGGGAGCUGGAGGAGCUGCGCUCCGAGAACGACUAUCUUAAGGACGAGAUCGAGGAGCUGCGGGCUGAGAUGCUGGAGAUGCGGGAUGUCUACAUGGAGGAAGACGUGUACCAGCUGCAGGAGCUGCGGCAGCAGCUGGACCAAGCCAGCAAGACCUGUCGCAUCCUGCAGUACCGACUGCGUAAAGCUGAGCGCCGCAGCCUCCGAGCUGCCCAGACAGGCCAGGUAGAUGACGAACUCAUCCGUGGUCUGGAGCAGGAUGUCAAGGUCUCUAAGGACAUCUCCAUGCGGCUUCACAAGGAGCUGGAAGUGGUGGAGAAGAGGCGGAUGCGGCUGGAGGAGGAGAACGAGGGCCUCCGGCAGAGGCUCAUCGAGACAGAGCUGGCCAAGCAGGUGCUGCAGACGGAGCUGGAUCGUCCCAGAGAGCAUUCCUUGAAGAAAAGAGGAACCCGAUCUCUGGGGAAGACGGAUAAGAAGCCUACUGCACAGGAGGACAGCGCUGACCUCAAGUGCCAGCUGCAUUUUGCAAAGGAGGAGUCGGCCCUCAUGUGCAAGAAGCUCACCAAGCUGGCCAAGGAGAAUGACAGCAUGAAGGAGGAGCUGCUCAAGUACCGCUCGCUCUAUGGGGACCUGGAUGCGGCCCUGUCUGCGGAGGAGCUGGCGGAUGCUCCGCACUCCCGGGAGGCAGAGCUGAAAGUUCACCUGAAGCUUGUGGAGGAGGAGGCCAACCUGCUGAGCCGGCGCAUCGUGGAGCUGGAGGUGGAGAACCGGGGCUUGAGGGCCGAGAUGGACGACAUGAAGGACCACGGGGGCAGCGGGGGUCCUGAGGCCAGGUUGGCUUUCUCUUCUCUGGGUGGUGAGUGUGGAGAGAGCCUAGCCGAGUUGCGGCGCCACCUGCAGUUCGUGGAGGAGGAGGCCGAGCUGCUGAGGCGCUCCUCUGCCGAGUUGGAGGACCAAAACAAGUUGCUGCUGAACGAGCUCGCCAAAUACCGCUCGGAGCACGAGCUGGACGUGACACUCUCGGAGGACAGCUGCUCAGUGCUCAGCGAGCCCUCGCAGGAGGAGCUGGCGGCCGCCAAGCUGCAGAUCGGCGAGCUCAGCGGCAAAGUCAAGAAGCUACAGUACGAGAACCGCGUGCUCCUCUCCAACCUGCAGCGCUGCGACCUGGCCUCCUGCCAGAGCACGCGCCCCAUGCUGGAGACUGACGCCGAGGCUGGGGACUCCGCUCAGUGCGUGCCCACCCCUCUGGGCGAGACUCUGGAGCCCCACGCUGCCCGGCUCUGCAGGGCUCGCGAGGCCGAGGCACUGCCCGGGCUGCGGGAGCAGGCUGCCCUGGUCAGCAAGGCCAUCGACGUCCUGGUGGCUGAUGCCAACGGCUUCUCGGUCAGCCUCCGGCUGUGCCUGGACAACGAGUGUGCAGACUUACGCUUGCACGAGGCACCUGACAACAGUGAGGGCCCCAGGGAUGCCAAGCUCAUUCAUGCCAUCCUGGUGCGUCUGAGUGUUUUGCAGCAGGAGCUGAACGCCUUUACCCGAAAGGCAGAUGUGGCUUUAGGAAGUUCUGGCAAGGAGCAGCCUGAGCCCUUCCCUGCGCUGCCUGCCCUGGGCUCCCAGGGGCCGGCUAAGGAGAUCAUGCUGGCCAAAGACCUUGGCUCUGACUUCCAGCCGCCUGACUUCAGAGACCUGCUGGAAUGGGAGCCUAGGGUCCGAGAGGCCUUUCGCGCUGGUGACUUGGACUCCAAGCCUGACCCGAGUCGGAACUUCAGGCCUUACCGAGCUGAAGACAAUGAUUCCUAUGCCUCUGAGAUCAAGGAGCUUCAGCUGGUCCUGGCGGAGGCUCACGACAGCCUCCGGGGCUUGCAAGAGCAGCUGUCCCAGGAACGGCAGCUCCGGAAGGAGGAAGCCGACAGCUUCAACCAAAAAGUAGUCCAGCUAAAAGAGGACCAGCAGAGGGCGCUGCUAAGGCGGGAGUUCGAGCUGCAGAGCCUGAGCCUCCAGAGGCGGCUGGAGCAGAAAUUCUGGAGCCAGGAGAAGAACAUACUAGUGCAGGAGUCCCAGCAGUUCAAGCACAACUUCCUGCUGCUCUUCAUGAAGCUCCGGUGGUUCCUGAAGCGCUGGCGGCAGGGCAAGGUCCUGCCCAGCGAGGAGGAUGACUUCCUGGAGGUGAACAGCAUGAAGGAGCUGUACCUGUUGAUGGAGGAAGAAGAGAUGAACGCCCAACACUCGGAUAACAAGGCCUGCACGGGGGACAGCUGGACCCAGAACUCGCCUAACGAGUACAUCAAGACCCUGGCCGACAUGAAGGUCACACUGAAGGAGCUGUGCUGGCUGCUUCGGGAUGAGCGCCGGAGUCUGACCGAACUUCAGCAGCAGUUUGCAAAGGCCAAAGCCACGUGGGAGACAGAACGGGCAGAGCUCAAGGGCCACGCCUCUCAGAUGGAGCUGAAGGCUGGUAAGGGUGCCAGUGAGAGGCCAGGCCCCGACUGGAAGGCCGCACUGCAGAGGGAGCGAGAAGAGCAGCAACACCUCCUGGCUGAGUCGUACAGUGCAGUCAUGGAGCUUACCAGGCAGCUGCAGAUCAGCGAGCGCCACUGGAGCCAGGAGAAGCUGCAGCUGGUGGAGCGGCUGCAGGGAGAAAAGCAACAGGUGGAGCAGCAGGCGAAGGAGCUGCAGAACCGCCUCAGUCAGCUGCAGAAGGCUGCUGAGCCCUGGGUCCUGAAGCACUCGGACUGGGAAAAGCAGGACAACAGCUGGAAGGAGACACGAAGUGAGAAGAUCCAGGACAAGGAGGGUGUUUCCGAAGCUGAGCUUGGGGGAACCGGCUUAAAGAGGACCAAAUCUGUUUCCUCCAUGUCUGAGUUUGAAAGUUUGCUUGACUGCUCCCCCUACCUUGCUGGUGGCGAUACCCGGAACAAAAAGCUGCCCAACAGCCCUGCUUUUGCCUUUGUGAGUACUGAGCCGGUGGAGCCUGAGAAAGAUGCCAAGGACAAGCCAGGGCUUCCCACCCGGGACUGCAGCCGCAUGGGUACCCUGGCCUGCCAGGAACCCGCAGGGAGGCAGAUGCAGCGUAGCUACACUGCUCCAGACAAGACGGGCAUACGAGUCUACUACAGUCCCCCAGUGGCUCGGCGCCUGGGUGUCCCCGUGGUGCAUGACAAGGAGGGCAAGAUCCUCAUCGAACCCGGCUUCCUCUUCACCACAGCCAAGCCCAAGGAGUCAGCCGAAGCUGACGGGCUGGCUGAGAGCUCCUACAGCCGGUGGCUUUGCAACUUCUCCCGGCAGCACCUGGAUGGAGGAUCCGGGGGCAACACCUCGGGUUCUGGACCUGCUUUCCCAGCAGCCCUGCAUGACUUUGAGAUGUCGGGCAACAUGAGCGAUGACAUGAAGGAGAUCACCAACUGCGUGCGGCAGGCCAUGCGCUCCGGCUCGCUGGAGAGGAAGGUUAAGAGUGCGUCCAGCCAGACGGUAGGUCUGGCCAGCGUGGGCACACAGACCAUUCGGACCGUCAGUGUGGGCCUGCAGACCGACCCUCCCCGCAGCAGCCUCCAUAGCAAGAGCUGGUCACCCCGCAGCUCCUCGCUCAUGUCUGUGCGCAGCAAACAGAUCUCCUCUUCCCUGGACAAAGUCCAUUCUCGCAUUGAGCGGCCGUGCUGCUCGCCUAAGUAUGGUUCACCCAAGCUCCAGAGGCGAUCAGUGUCCAAGCUAGACAGCACCAAGGACCGCAGCCUGUGGAACCUGCACCAAGGCAAACAGAACGGCUCGGCCUGGGCCCGCUCCACCACCACACGGGAUAGCCCAGUCCUGAGGAACAUCAAUGACGGGCUGUCCAGCCUCUUCAGUGUGGUGGAGCACUCAGGGAGCACUGAGUCUGUCUGGAAACUGGGCAUGUCCGAGGCCCGAGCCAAGCCUGAGCCUCCCAAGUAUGGCAUCGUGCAGGAGUUCUUCCGGAAUGUGUGUGGCCGUGCGCCGAGCCCCACUACCGCAGCAGGGGAGGAGAGCUCCAAGAAACCAGAGCCCCUUUCUCCUGCCAGCUACCAUCAGCCUGAGGGCGUAGCCAGGGCCCUGAAUAAGAAGGCAGCCAAGGCAGGUGGUAGCGAGGAGGUCAGGCCCACCAUGCUCUCCCAGGUGGGGAAGGAUGGUAUCCUUCGGGAUGGAGAUGGAGCCUUGGUCCUUUCCAGUGAGGAUGCCGUUUGUGACUGUAGUGCCCAGUCCUUGGCCUCCUGCUUCGUCCGGCCAUCGCGCAACACCAUCCGGCACUCUCCUUCCAAGUGCAGGCUGCACUCUUCGGAAUCAGGCUGGGGCGGGGAGGAGAGGGCAGCCCCCCAGUGAAUCACAGAGCAGCCGGACUCCAGCCUCAAGUAGCCCAGACCCUGGAGAUGAGGCAAAGGGUCACAGCCUCAGCCUCACUCUGCCCAGGAAGAACAGCAGCUGUGCCACUGCCAGAGAAGAGCUUUCACAUCACGGUAAAGCAGGGUGUCCCGCUGACUACUGGGAGGUGACCUCUGAUUUCCAGGGAAAGGCAGUGAGCAGGAGAAAGACCAAACCUGGGUGACCAGGACUGGGCCUCACAAGCACCUGAAGAGCUCGGCAAGUCAGCUCUGGAUGCUAGAGAGGGCCUGGCACCACCCACACCAUUUCUUGGAAGGAUCCAG